UUGAUGAUUGAAAUAAAAAGCUCCCAACACCCAAUGAAAAAAGUGUCACCAAUAUAUUAAACUUCUCAUUCCCCUAAACUUUUUCUUUGUCUUAUAUUUUUCUGCAGCAGCUGAUUAUUAUCCAUAGAAGAUAUUGAAAGCAGGAGAAGAAUUAUUUAUGGUCCGUUAGGGUUUCUGGGAGGCUAAAGAAUCAAUGGAACAUGGCAAUGGAGAAACAAGUGAGGAAUAUUACAUGGAAAAGGUCAUGUCAUCCAUUGAUUUGAAUGAAGAAGUUGAUCAUGAUCAUAGCAAAAUUCAACAAAUUGAUGAUGAAGCUAUUGAAGUUAUUAGUGUGGAAAGUGAUAAAAUUACAAAUGAAGAAAAUAAUAGUAGUUCAUGUGGAAAUGAAAUCAAUAUUAAGAACAAGAUGAGCAAAGUUAGACAAUAUGUAAGAUCAAAAUUGCCAAGGCUAAGAUGGACUCCACAACUUCAUCUCUCUUUUGUUAAUGCCAUUCAUAGACUUGGUGGUCAAGAAAGAGCAACACCAAAAUUGGUUCUUCAGAUGAUGAAUGUGAGAGGACUCAGCAUUGCCCAUGUUAAAAGUCAUCUCCAGAUGUAUAGAAGCAAGAAACUUGGAGAGUUUGGACAAGUGUUAGGCCAUGGUCAUAGAGCAAAUCAAAGAAGAAAUUAUCUCUAUGGAAAUUUAAGCCAAAGAUCUUUUAAUCCUCUUCAAGAUUUCAAAAUGAAGAAUGGUGCAAUUGUAUUAGCAAGAAAUUUUAAUGAUGAUGACAACAUUAAUCACCAUUUUCAAAAUUCAUUUGCUAGAACUCAAUCCAGAUACAUGGAAUGGUCUUCCCAUCAAGGAACCAACAAUUUAUUGAAAAUGAAAAUCUUGGAAAAUCAUCAAAUUUGUCCUAUUAGGCAAAGACAUUAUUUUCUUGAAGAAAAAAAGUGGCCUCCAUUUGAAUUCAAUAAAAAUAAAUUGAAUUCUCAAUCUUUGUUUCAUCAUACUGGACCAAAAUGGAGUUGCAGAUAUAACAACCUUGAUCCAAAAUAUAAGACCCCUCUUAGAUUUGAGAUGAAACAAGACAAGAAGUUCAUUUUGGAAAAAGAUUAUUGGCUGCCUGAUUUGCAAUUGGGAUUGAGCAGAAGUGAAGAAAAUAAUAUGAAGGAGAAAAUUAUUCACCAUAGUAAUAAAGUGGAAUUAUCAGAUAUAAACACUAUGCUUUCUCUUUCUUUGCCUUCUUAUUCAUCAAGUGCAACCUAAGAGAUGGCCUAAUGAUGUGGUGGCAAAUGGACGGAUCGGAUCGGAUAGGAACAAA